AUGGCUCCCUCAACGCUCGAUCGAAAGCGCAAAGCUGUUACUCGCGAUGUUCCGGAACAUUCUGAUAUAGAAUCAGAAGCAGAAUUUGGAGAUGGUCUUCUCGAGGGGAUUUUGUCGCAAAGUGAAGAUUCGGAGGGUGACAGCGGGGACGAAGAAGAAGAUAGCGAGGACGAGGAAGCAGAAGAACUGGACGAACUAGAAGCUCUCGACAGCGAUGAGAUUCCUUCAGAAAACGGGGAAGCAGAAGCAGAUGGAUUGAAUGGAGAUUCUGUCAACAGCAAAAGUGCACAGGACAUGGUGAAAAGCAUCUUAGGGGACCAGCAGACGCUCGAGGACGAGCAAGACAUACCAAAUUAUACAGUAGUUGCAGACGCCAAUGGAGGAGAAAGAUAUGUGUAUGAGGAAAUCAACCCCGUUUACGAUUCCGACGACUCGGACGCAGCCGUCGCCGAGAAUACAAUAGGAAAUAUCCCACUCAGUUUCUACGAUUCAUAUCCUCAUAUUGGUUACGAUAUUAACGGAAAGAAAAUAUUACGGCCUGCAAAGGGAGAAGCAUUGGAUGCUUUGCUGGACAGUAUAGAUAUACCGAAAGGAUGGACAGGUCUUACAGAUCCUGCGACUGGAAAACCUCUCAAUCUGAGCCAGGAUGAGCUGGAAAUUCUACGAAGGAUACAGACCAACGAGCUUCCGGAAGAUGGAUAUGACCCAUAUCCAGCUACUGUUGAAUAUUUCACUGGCAUUGAAGAAAAAAUGCCACUCAGUGCAGCCCCCGAACCAAAGCGAAGAUUCCUCCCGUCGAAACAUGAAGCCAAAAGAGUGAUGAAGAUUGUCCGAGCGAUACGGGAAGGUAGAAUAAUGCCAUAUAGACCACCCGAGGAGCAAAAGGAAGAAGAUGAAGAAGUGCACUACGAUAUAUGGCAGGAUGAGCAGCCUCGGCCCGAUCACGUUAUGAAUAUUCCCGCACCAAAGAUGGCGCCUCCAGGUUACGAUAUGAGUUAUAAUCCACCUCCUGAGUAUCUUCCAACAAAGGCAGAGAAGCAGGCCUGGGAAUCAACAGACGCCGAGGACCGAGAAAAGGAGUAUCUUCCAACAUCUUACGAUUCGCUGCGUAAGGUGCCGGGUUAUGAAAAAUUCAUCAACGAGAGAUUCGAACGGUCAUUGGAUUUGUAUCUGGCUCCUCGAGUCCGAAAGAAUCGACUGAACAUCGACCCAGCGUCGUUAUUGCCCAAGCUACCCCGACCAGAAGAGCUCAAGCCAUUUCCAACCGUUUGCUCUACGCUAUUCCGCGGUCAUGAAGGACGUGUUAGAUCAUUGGCGAUUGACCCUUCAGGUGUAUGGCUUGCAAGUGGGGGUGAUGAUGGUACAGUCCGGGUGUGGGAGCUCUUGACUGGAAGACAACUCUGGAGUGCGAAGAUUGGGGACGAUGAGGCUGUCAAUGUUGUCAGAUGGCGGCCUGGAAGAGACGCUGUCAUCUUGUCGGCAGGUGCUGGAGAAGAUAUCUAUCUCCUCGCACCACCGAUUGUAGACCCAGAAACGGAUGCUGCUAGCCGAGAGAUUCUAGACCAUGGCUUUGGGCAUGCAACAAAUGCAACACAGACACUCACAGCAAAUGGUGCUAGAAAGGAACCUGUAGCCAAAUGGACUCGACCAGGAACGCGCCUGGAGGAUGAGGGGGUACUCAUCAAGAUCACAGUCCGAACAACAGUAAAAGUCAUUAGUUGGCAUCGCCGAGGAGACUUCUUCUCUACAGUAUCGCCUACAGCCCAAAGAAGCGCAGUCGCUAUUCACACUUUAUCAAAGCAUCUCACACAAAUCCCAUUCAGACGUCUACCCGGUAUCGCUCAAACCGUCCAAUUCCAUCCAUCCCGACCCCUCUUCUUCGUCGCAACCCAACGCACAAUCCGCAGCUACGAUCUCCAAAAGCAAGAACUCGUCAAGAUCAUCCAGCCCGGCGCCCGCUGGAUCUCAUCCUUCGACAUCCAUCCCGGAGGAGACAAUCUCAUCGUCGGCUCCUACGACCGCCGUCUCCUAUGGCACGAUCUCGAUCUCUCCACCCGCCCCUACAAAACCAUGCGUUUCCACAAUAAAGCCAUCCGCGCAGUCAAAUACCACAAAGGUGGUUUCCCACUCUUCGCGGACGCCAGUGACGACGGUAGCCUGCAAAUCUUCCAUGGCAAGGUUGUCAGUGAUCUGAUGGAGAAUGCGACGAUCGUGCCGGUGAAGGUGUUGAAGGGUCAUAAGGUCAAGAGCGCAUUAGGCGUCAUGGAUAUCGAUUGGCAUCCGAAGGAACCGUGGUGUGUUAGUGCUGGGGCGGAUGAGCGGGAAACAUGA